AUUGCUUUAGAAUUUAGAUUUGCACAACAACUAGAGUGUCAGUUGUAAAAUAUGUUGUCUGCACUGUAUUUACAUUGUAAAAAAAUAUCAACGCAAUGAGUUUUUAAUUUUAAACUAACCGUACAGACAUAAAUGGCAUCCCCUUUUGAAUCGGCACCCCAUACCGAUCAUCAACAUGAUAGUGAUUUGGCGUCCUCGAGCUCUGUGACCGUAACAAGUAAAAAUGGCGGUCAACAUACCGAUUUACAGAGUGAUUUAUCGCAAAACCCUAGUCACUCAUAUGACAGGAGAACACCCUCUUCUGAUGAAAUAAAAAGACCAUCAUCUGUAGACUUUGCAGAGCAAAUUCGGCGCCUUGAAAUAGAAGGUAACAAGCUUCGUGCAGCCACCAUUUCUAAUUUAGGUUCACAUAAUGGAUUCAGCAUGGACAACAGUUUUGAGGUACCAAAGGUAAAUUCUUACAGUUAUGGUAAUCUAUCUGCCCUAGUGGAUUUCUCAGCUGAUCAGAAGUGUAUUGCAGAUCUUAGGAUACAGCUAGAAAACCAAAGAAAAGAAACAGAGAGACUCCAAAGACAACUGUUAGGGGAUAACUCUGGCUUCCGUCCCAUGACUGCUCCUGUCUACUCUAAUACUGCCAAUGGAACAUUAACAAGCCACUUCAGCCAAUUUUCUAACAGCCCUGGAAAGUCAGCAUUUUCAACAAUACCCAGUGGUGAACUGGUCCAGGCUCUUACCAGGAGGAAUUUUGACAGUCAGCCUCCGCCACACCUUGAGAGUUUAUUAAAAGAUUCUCAGAGCCAAGUAAAUGAACUAAAGAAGAAACUACAGGAGGUGACUGACUCAUCAGAUCAGGAAAAGAGACAUUUCCGUACCACACUGGAAGAGCUUAAAACAAAAUUGCAUGAUACCAUUGUCAACAGAGAUGCUGUGCUUGAUUUAAGACAAAAAGAAUCCAACACACAGGAGAUGUUGAUCCAUAAACUUCAGGCUGCCGUAACUCAGCUGCAGGAUCAAUGUCGCACACAUGAAGAGGCUCUUUCAUCAGCCUCUAAGAAGUUUGAGUCUUGCCAUCAAUCCAACUACAUCAAUGAAACUGCUUUAACACAAAUUCGGAGUAUCCUGAUGGACAGAGAGAAAAGACAGGGGCGCUUGUAUUUUGAAGCUGAUCCAGUCAGUGGACAGAGCAUCAACAUGUUGGUCCACACACUGGAGAGAUGUUUGCAGGAUCUGGACCAUGAUAUUACCCUCAAGUCUUUUAAAAUAACUGAGCUAGAAGAUGACUUGUCAGAUAUUAAAAAAAGUUUUUCUGAAAAAGAAAGAGCUCUAACUAAAGAUGGGCAAGAAAUGGUUGCCAUGGUGACCAAAGAACAGGAGAGAAAUUUAGCCAUAGCAAAUGAGAAAGCUGUUAAUGCCAUGCGCCAGAUUGGAACACUGCAAGCCCAAUUAGAAAACACUGAAUCAACCUACAAAUAUGAGAUAAAAACUAAAGAGAGAGAAAUCAAGGAGCUAGAAGAACAGCUGAUUGAUAUGAAAACAGAGACGAUGAAAACAGCAGCAAUCUGGCAAGAGAAACUUAUUCAGUCAAAACAAAAUGAAGUGUAUAUUGAAACAAUGAGGCAAGCUUUAGAGGCUUCACUAGAUGAGGUGCAAAGGGAGUUAAUAGAAACUAAAGCUGAGAAAAAUGAGCUUUUGAGGUCUUUGACCACAAUGGAGAAGAGAGCAGAUAGUUUACAGAUUUUUGUCUCCCAACUGGAGACUGACUUGGAGACAGAGAAAGAGCAUGUUAAGAGCCAGCGCCAGAGAGAGGAAGAGUUGAGGUCAGAGGUCAUGAACCUUGAGGUUCAAGUGUCCAAUAAACAAAAUGAUGUGGAGAGAUUAGAGAGAAUGUUAAGCUUGGUGAAACAAGAGUGCAGCUUACAAGUCAAGGAACAGGUGGCGGGGGCUGAGAAGGUGGAGAGAGAACAUUUUGUUGACCAGAUAAAACAUCUGUCUGCCCAGCUGGCAACCAUGACUGAAAAGUGCAGUCGUCUGACUGUUGAGUUACAGAUGGCCAAAAGUGAGAGGGAGAGUAACAGGAGCCAGGUGCAGGACUUGAGCAGUAGAUUAGAGACCACAAGGUCACAGAUAGAAAGCUCCUUAGCAGAGAAAACAGACCUGACCAACAUGUUAGCAGACAGACUGAGUGAACUAGACAGACUUUACAAAGACAAGGAGCACUACCUCAAGUUGUCUGAGCAGAAAAAUAAUGAGGUCAUGGAGCUAAAAAUAGCACUGGAGUCCCUGAAAACACAAGUGGAGGAGAAGGAGAAAGUCUUGUGUACAUUUAGGGAGCAGUCUAGCAGUAUCAGCCAUUUGAUGGAGGUGAAUACAAAGGCCAGUGACAAUAUAAGAGAAGAGAGGGACAAGAUGGCUGCUGCUCUGACUGAGAAGGAAGCCAUAUUGGUGGAGAUGAAGGCAUCCCAUGAUUCCUUGCUGAAAAAAUUAAAAGCUAAGGAGAAGAAGCAGAAAGAUGCUGAGGAGGAAGUGUUGAAAACCACUGAUGCUUUGGCUAAAAAGACCCAAGAGUUGGAGGCUGUGGAGAAAGAACGAGAUCAUCUGGCCAGUGAGUUGAAGGAUGCCAGCCUCAAGGUGUCCACACUGACCUCAUCAAAGGACGCCAUCAAGAAGGAGCUGGUCAGGGUGAGAGGCGCUCAUGCUAAGGAAAUCUCUAAACUACAGACCAAACUUAAAGACUCUGACCAAGAAAAGAAAUUGUCCAUGAAAGCUCUUAGAAGUAAGGACAUAAUGGACAAUAAAGCCAUAAAGCUAGCUGACAAAGUGCAGAAAGAAAUCACAGACAAAAGAAGUGAGAUUGAUCAGCUGAUGACCAAGGUCCACAGGCUGGAAGAAAAGUUAGAAGCAGCCCACAAAGAGAAGCAAAUGGUAGAGAAGGACAAGUCCAGUCUGAAGAGAGGCCUGGCUAAAUCUCUACAACAAAACCAGGAGCUGUCCAACCAGCUGCAGGCAUUGGAGGAGCAGAACAACAACCUCAUGGCCCAGCUCUCACAGCUGGAAGAGCUGAUUGAGCAGAAAUCUUCAGCUUUUCAUUCAAAGACUGAAAAACAUGAACAGGAACUGGCUACUCUAAAAAUAAAACAUCAGCUUGAUUUGAAGGAAAUGGAGAGAACUGCUAGAAACAAGGGAAGAAACCUGCUAUCAGCAGGCAAUGGGUUACCUACCCUAUCUGGGAAAUCUUCUGCGCAAGUUGUACAGAAAAAGCCUACUACUAGUUUGGGCUCUGGUGAAUCUGUAGAGUACAGCAAUGGAACUGAUCUUCUCACAUCCAAACACAAUAAUAGACAGCUCAAGAUGUCUACGGAGGUGGGAAAAGAUCUGAAACUUCUCCUGGGGGAAAUGAAGAACCUGAUAUCAGGCCACCGGGAGGAUAAUGAAUAUUUUGAUGAGAAAUUUAAAGCACAGACUGAAAGGAAACCUGCCCUGAAGGAUGCACAUAAACCCAAACCUGCUGCAUUAGAUCUUGAGGACUUGAGAGUUACAGGGGAGACAAAACAUGCAGAUCAUCUUUCAUCAGGAAAGCAAGGGGAUGUUACAGAUGGAUUUCCUUACACAGAAUGGCGACCCAGGUCAUACUCCUUGACUAGACCGAGCAGUUCCCCAGCUUAUGACCCCAGCCACACUCUGGGCAGCACCUUCCAUUCUAAAGACAACUACUCAGAUAUCUCAAGGCUAAGUCAGUCCCUGGGCAGCCCAAAGAAACAAAAUGGCAGCAUAAAUUUGGUGCCAGACACACAGGAACUGUGUCGCAGACUAGAAGAGAAAAUUGAAAGCCUGACACGUAUGGGAGGCAACCUGAUUAAAGAAAACAAAGAUAUGGAAGACUUAAUCAACUUACAAGGGAGAAAACUGGACAAUGUCAGGCAAAUUGAGAAACUAGCCUGGGAGAAAAGAUGAUUAAAGGCCUGAUUACAUCCCUUCCCUGAAUGUAUUUGUUUUAAGUCUAGUGUUUAACCUCAAGUGUGCCGGUUUUUUGUGGUUGGAAUAUUUUAGUGAUAAAAUAUACAAGCUAAUUCAAAUGAUGAUGGGUUAUUAUCAUUAAAUUUGUUUGCACUUAAAGUCUGCAUAUUUAAAAAAUAUCAGUAAUUCAUUUUAUAUGUACAUUGUAACUAUGACUGCCUAUGGAUAUUUCACUUUUAAAAGAUAAAGAUAGCUAUGAGUGCCAAAAAUAUUUUAGUUUUAAGCUUAAGAAUGAUUUAUACCUAAGCGACAAGGUUAUUGGUCAUUGAUGGACUACUUUCUUUAACACAUUCCAGAUUUAAGAAUAGAUAUAUACAAUAUAUUGCAUUUUACUUUAACUUAUUUCUUUUAUGGAAUUAAAUUUUGAUUUUUUUUUUUU